AUGACUAUUUCUAACCAACGUCUUAUCUAUGGUGCAGCUCUUAUCCUCUUAGGUACUUCAGGGCUUGUUUAUUACCUAAUGGAAGAUGACAAGCGUGCCAAAAAAAGAAAGGCAGCUCGUAAAUCCGAACGUGCUACACUUCAUGUCCUUGCACAAAUUCAACAAGAAGCUCAAUCGAUUGAAACCAAGUUAAAUACCGUUGACCAACAAACAUCGCUCAAACAAAAGCAGUUUUUGUUAGCCCAUGCUAAUGAGCUUUUGCUUCAAUUGAUGGAGAAAUUAGAUACUAUUCGUCCUGUGGCGGUUAUUAUGGCUGAUGAUGACAAGGAAAUGAACGAAUUUGAACAAAAAUUGGUCUCUAACAUUAAAUCCAAAAAGAAGGCGGUUAUCAAGAUGAUUGAAGAAUUAUUUCGCCAAUUAGAUAAGAUGAAUGUGCAAGUGACAAAAGCGUUAGAAGAAGAAGAAAGAGAAGAAGCAGAGCGUUUGGAAAAGGCUAAAAAGGAAGCUGAAGAUGAAAGGAAAUUGAAAGAGGAGCAAGAAAGAGUUAUUCAAGAAGAGGCGCUUCGUAGGUUAAAUGAAGAACAAAAUAAUACGUUAAAUGAUGAACAAGAUAUGGACAUCAGUAGACAAAAAGUGGAAGAAGCCGUAGAAGAAUCUGCAGAAGAAGCUGCAGAAGAAGUUGCAGAAGAAGUUGCAGAAGAAGCUGCAGAAAAGGCUACAGAAGAAGCUGUAGAAGAAGCUGUAGAAGAGAUUAUGGAAGAAGCUGUAGAAGAGAUUGUAGAAGAAGCUGUAGAAGAAGCUGUAGAAGAAGUUGUAGAAGAGAUGAUAGAGGAAGCUGUAGAAGAGAUGAUAGAAGAAGCUGUAGAAGAAGCUGUAGAAAAGGCUACAGAAGAAGCUAUUGAAGAGGAGGCUGUAGCAGAAAAUAAGGAAGAAAAAGAGUUACUAGACAUGUUGGCAAAGGAGCUAGAAAGAGAGGUAGCUAAUAAAAGAUUAGCUACGCCCAACCAAGAUGAAGUCAUUUUAACUUCAUCAUCUGAAGAACACGAGGAUGAGGCCAUUACUACAACAAAAAAUGAUGAAAAUAUUGUUCAUGAAGAACUUCAAAAUUAA